UGAUCAGAGUCAGUUGUAACACCCGGUGCCAAGGAACAUGAAAUUCUUAGUUGUAGUCGCAGCAUUUUUGUCGUCGGUGCUCGCCGCCCCCGACGGCUAUCACUACGACAACCCUCACGGCGAGCCUUUAGUUCAGAAACACAUUUACGUCCACGUGCCGCCCCCGGACCCUGAAUUCCACGCGCCCCCGCAGAGGCUCGUCCCGGCUCCGCCGCCCAAGAAGCACUACAAAAUCGUCUUCAUCAAAGCGCCGACUUACGCACCGCCCCAAGUCCCGGUCAUCCCUGAACUGCAGCAGCACCAGGAGAAGACUCUCAUCUACGUCUUGCACAAAAACCCGAGCGAGGCACCGCCGAUCGUCAUCCCGACCGCCAAACCCACUCAGCCUAGCAAACCAGAAGUUUUCUUCAUCAGGUACAAGACUCAAAAGGAGGUCGGAUACGCUGGAGGGCACGAAGGUCAGGAGGGUGAACACUCCGGAGGUUAUCUGCCGAGCAGCACGGCCGGCUACGUUUCGUCCACACUGGCGCCGCACUACGUCUCCAGCACCCCGAGGCCGUAUAUCAGAGCCUCCAGGACACCUACGCCCAAGUACAAGCAAUCGAAGGAAUCGUCUCACGGAAGCGAGGAACAGGAUUAUUCUCCUAGCAGCACUGCUAGUUACGUUUCUUCCACUGUCGCUCCCAAGUACAUCCACACGAUAAGGCCUUAUGUGAGACCGGUGAGGACGCCCAUGCCCAAGUACAUCACACCCAAGACUCCCGUCGUCUCCCAAGAAACUGCCAACUCGGAGGAAGAUGCGGAAAGCAACGAAUCUCAAGAAUGAGAUGACGGAUUUAGGCGGAAUCAAUCAUACAGUUUAUGUUUUCUAAAUGGAAAAAAAAUCACUUUGAACAAAUCGUCAUUCUUAUAAUUAAACUGUUGUACUGAAUAUGUAUAUAA